AUGGAUCGCCCAAGCACGCCGUCACUGCCUCCGGAAUACAGUCUCCCCAGCUAUGAGGACGAGCAUGACACCCCGACUGGUCAGAAUGCGGCUGCUGUUAGGCUAUUGACAUCGGUCGAAGAGCCAAUCGACAACCACUCGGAGAGCGCCUCUCCUCAUCGACCUUGGACCCCAUCCUCUAGAGUGUCCGAAUUUUCGCGACCGCCGCCAUCCAGUGUCUCCUAUGAACCAUCAGAUCUCAACGGGAGCCCGCGACCAGGAACUCCUUCGUCGCGGUAUGGAGGCAGUCCUCGACGCCCUUUACCCCCUGCGCCGCUGUUUUCGAAUUCUGCCCGCAGCUCCCAAGCCUUUGCCGAUGAUGCCACGGUAUCUAUUCCUCUUGAUGGGAGCGAUGAUGUUUUUGGCCCAGAGUCUGAUUUGAGCGAUUCUCGUCCUCUACCAACCCACCGUGACUCUUACAUGUCGGGGUCUCAAGAAACUUUGAACGACGAUGAAGAUGACUACGACAAGGUCGAGCACUAUGGACCAGCUCCAGAUGGCGCUCAAGAACGUAGAGGAGUCCGGGCGCCUCAAAUGUCGAAAAAGGAGGUCCAGCUCAUCAACGGAGAGUUGGUCCUGGAGUGCAAAAUUCCUACCAUAUUAUACAGCUUUCUUCCUCGUCGCAGCGAGGUUGAGUUCACACACAUGAGAUACACGGCGGUAACUUGUGAUCCCGACGACUUUGUCGAUAGGGGCUACAAUUUGCGACAAUGCAUAGGCAGAACAGCUCGCGAGACGGAGCUGUUUAUCUGCAUCACCAUGUACAACGAAGAUGAAAUUUGCUUCACAAGGACAAUGCAUGCUGUUAUGAAGAAUAUCUCUCAUUUCUGUUCUCGGUCUCGCUCAAGAACCUGGGGUGAGAAUGGCUGGCAAAAAAUCGUUGUGUGCAUCAUCUCGGACGGUCGGGAAAAGAUUCACCCACGUACACUAGAUGCCUUGGCAGCCAUGGGCGUUUAUCAGCAUGGUAUUGCUAAAAAUUACGUCAACAAUCGUGCUGUGCAGGCUCACGUGUACGAAUACACAACUCAAGUCUCAUUAGACGCUGACCUCAAGUUCAAGGGCGCCGAGAAGGGUAUCGUGCCUUGCCAGCUCAUCUUCUGCCUCAAGGAAAAGAAUUCUCGCAAAUUGAAUUCGCACCGCUGGUUUUUUAACGCAUUUGGAAAAGCAUUAAAUCCAAACGUCUGCAUUCUGCUUGACGUAGGAACUCGCCCUGGAGGCAACUCGUUAUAUCAUCUCUGGAAGGCAUUCGACACCGAUUCAAAUGUCGCCGGUGCAUGCGGCGAGAUUAAAGCCAUGAAAGGGAAACUCGGGUCAAACUUGUUGAACCCUUUGGUUGCCUCACAGAAUUUUGAGUACAAGCUGUCAAAUAUUCUCGACAAACCACUGGAAUCAGUGUUUGGUUACAUCACUGUCCUUCCCGGUGCCCUGAGUGCCUAUCGGUAUCACGCCUUGCAAAAUGACGAGACUGGUCAUGGACCGCUUAGUCAGUAUUUCAAAGGCGAAACUCUCCAUGGACAACACGCCGAUGUCUUCACAGCCAACAUGUACUUAGCCGAGGACCGCAUUCUGUGCUGGGAACUAGUUGCAAAGCGAGGCGAAAGAUGGGUGCUCAAAUACGUGAAAAGCUGCACAGGGGAGACGGAUGUCCCGGAUGCUGUGCCGGAGUUUAUUUCCCAGCGUCGACGUUGGCUUAACGGCGCAUUCUUCGCCGCCGUUUAUUCUCUGGUUCAGUUCCGUCAAAUUCUCGCCACGGAUCAUACCAUUGCACGCAAGAUUCUGCUCUAUAUUGAGUUUGUGUAUCAGUUUGUUCAGCUGCUCUUCACAUACUUUUCACUCGCCAACUUCUACCUCACGUUCUACUUCGUUGCCGGUGGUUUAACGGACAAAGCUGUCGAUCCUUUCGGUCACAACAUUGGCAGCGUGAUUUUCACCAUCUUGAGAUACACAUGUGUGCUACUAAUUGCGACACAAUUCAUUCUAUCACUCGGCAAUAGACCUCAAGGGGCCAAGAAACUCUACUUGGCCAGUAUGAUCAUAUAUGGUGUCAUCAUGACAUACACCAGCUUUGCCUGCAUCUAUAUCGUUGUUCGACAACUCACAAGCAAAAGCCAGGACCUGGCAAUCGGCAAUAAUGUUUUCACAAAUCUUAUAGUAUCAAUGGCAUCCACGAUUGGACUAUAUUUCGUCAUGUCCUUUCUCUACUUGGAGCCCUGGCACAUGUUCACAUCGUCAUUGCAGUACUUCUUGCUUCUUCCGAGCUAUAUCUGCACUCUACAAGUCUAUGCCUUUUGUAACACACAUGAUGUUACUUGGGGGACAAAGGGCGACAAUGUGAUGAAAACAGACCUUGGCGGUGCCGUUGGCAAAGGCCAAACCGUUGAACUCGAAAUGCCAAGUGAGCAGCUUGACAUUGACAGCGGCUAUGACGAGGCACUGAGGAACCUGCGUGACCGCCUUGCUGUUGCAGAGUCGCCCGUGAGCGAAGCACAAAUGCAAGAGGACUACUAUAAGAGUGUGCGAACAUACAUGGUAGUCACCUGGAUGAUUGCGAAUGGUAUACUUGCAAUGGCUGUUUCCGAAAUCUACAGCAACAAAGGAAUUGGUGACAACUUCUAUCUCCGAUUUAUUUUGUGGAGUGUAGCUUCGUUGGCUAUUUUCCGAGCGCUUGGCUCCACAACAUUCGCCAUUAUCAAUGUAGUCAACAUUGUGGUGGAAGGCAGAAUACGGAUGAAUGUUAAGAUUCCAUCCUGGAUGGGCGGUUUUGGAAGCAAGAUAAGUGAGAAAGUAAGCAGCGUUGGAAGCAGCUUGAAGAGCUAG